AGAGCUGCGAGAGGAAGGCAGAAAGGCGCGGCCGCCAGCAAUGACACCAUGUGACAAGCACCGCUUAGUGACACGCAGCUUUGGUUAAACAGCGGGCGCGCAGAAGGGGAGGAGACGGUGGAGGAAUGGCCUGACUUUCCCAGUUAAAACAUCAUAAGCCCUGAAUGCAGAAGGACGACGCGCCUCCCAGUAGGAAAUGACUAAGGCUCCGGACCCUGAACGCCAGAGCGUGUCGAUGUGAGUGAGAGGCUGGCGAUAAGGCUGUGGGUGACGGUUGGUGGUAGGGGGAGAUUCUGAUGCAAUCAGCCAAAAGGAAGAGAGCCAAAAGAACGCGGCCUGGGGCAGCCACGCCAUUGCGCCUGAAGGUCGCCGGGAACCUCCGCCCUUCACCUUCCUCGGAAAUCUGCCACGCCAAGCUUCCCAGCCCAACCCUCGCUGAUUUAGUACCACCUUUUUUCCUGGCCCAGGGAGCCAGACCUUGACACAAAGGACAUCAAACAGCUGUUGGGAAUAUCCGGAAGGGCGGACACUUUGACGUCGCCUUUUGCCACCUUUCCCUUUAUUUCCCGAGAUACUUACUGAGUGUCUCCAGUGUGCCAGGCAGCAUAUCUAUGUGCAUAGAGGAACCCUGGAAGUCCAUACAGCAGUACAAAUAUAGUGGUCAUCUCUGCUUGCUGAGAUAACAGGGGUACCACACCUAUAUUUGCUGCUAUCUGCUUCUAAAUACACUCAAAACGAGACAUUUGGACCAAUUAUUUUGACUACAAAUAACUUCUAAACAUGAUGCAUUUCAAAAGUGGACUCGAAUUAACUGAGUUGCAAAACAUGACAGUGCCCGAGGAUGAUAACAUUAGCAAUGAUUCCAAUGAUUUCACCGAAGUAGAAAAUGGUCAAAUAAAUAGCAAGUUUAUUUCUGAUCGGGAAAGUAGAAGAAGUCUCACAAACAGCCAUUUGGAAAAAAAGAAAUGUGAUGAAUAUAUCCCAGGAACGACCUCCUUAGGAAUGUCCGUUUUUAACCUGAGCAACGCCAUCAUGGGCAGUGGGAUUUUGGGACUCGCCUUUGCCUUGGCAAACACUGGAAUCCUUCUUUUUCUGAUACUUUUGACUUCAGUGACAUUGCUGUCCAUAUAUUCAAUAAACCUUCUAUUGAUCUGUUCCAAGGAAACAGGCUGCAUGGUUUAUGAAAAACUGGGAGAGCAAGUCUUUGGUACCACAGGGAAGCUGGUCAUCUUUGGAGCCACCUCUCUACAGAACACUGGAGCAAUGCUGAGCUACCUCUUCAUAGUAAAAAAUGAACUACCCUCUGCCAUAAAAUUUCUAAUGGGAAAGGAAGAGGCAUUUUCAGCCUGGUAUGUGGAUGGCCGAGUUCUGGUGGUGAUGGUUACCUUUGGCAUAAUUCUCCCUCUGUGUCUCUUGAAGAACUUAGGAUAUCUUGGGUAUACUAGUGGAUUUUCCUUGAGCUGUAUGGUUUUUUUCCUAAUAGUGGUUAUCUAUAAGAAAUUUCAAAUUCCCUGCAGUAUUCGAGAGCUAAAUUCAACAGCAAAUGCUAAUUCAACAAAUGCUGACAUGUGUACACCAAAAUAUGUUACUUUCAACUCAAAGACCGUGUAUGCUUUACCAACCAUUGCAUUUGCGUUUGUCUGCCACCCAUCAGUUCUGCCGAUCUACAGUGAGCUUAAAGAUCGAUCACAGAAAAAAAUGCAGAUGGUUUCAAAUAUCUCCUUUUUCGCCAUGUUUGUUAUGUACUUCUUGACUGCCAUUUUUGGCUACUUGACGUUCUAUGACAAUGUGCAUUCAGACCUCCUUCACAAGUACCAGAGCAAAGAUGACAUUCUCAUCCUGACAGUGCGGCUGGCUGUCAUUGUUGCUGUCAUCCUCACAGUGCCGGUGUUGUUUUUCACAGUUCGUUCAUCUUUAUUUGAACUGGCUAAGAAAACAAAGUUUAAUUUAUGUCGUCAUGUCUUGGUUACCUUCAUACUCUUGGUUAUUAUCAACUUGCUGGUGAUCUUCAUACCCUCCAUGAAGGAUAUUUUUGGAGUCGUAGGAGUUACAUCUGCUAAUAUGCUUAUUUUCAUUCUUCCUUCAUCUCUUUAUUUAAAAAUCACAAACCAGGACGGAGAUAAAGGCACUCAAAGAAUUUGGGCUGCCCUCUUUUUGGGCCUGGGGGUGCUGUUCUCCUUGGUCAGCAUCCCUCUGGUCAUCUAUGACUGGGCCUGCUCAUCAGGUAGUGACGAAGGCCACUGAGACCAGCCGGGAAGGAAAGCAUUCUGGUCUGCUGCUCAUCAAGUCUCCACACAUCAGCAACCCCUCUUCACUUCUUUUGCAAGUUUACAGAAACAAAUAGAAAAGUACAAGAUACUUAAAAUGGAACAGCACUUUGGUUGCAAAAUGGAGACCUGUUUCUGUAACAGUUCAUGCCCCUCUAAGAUUUGGGAUCUCUUUAGGAAUGGUGGACUUUUUCCCCCCAAAUUUCAUGCAUUUACAUUUUUCAAGUACUUUUCAAAUCAGUUGUAUUUCACUCUCCUAACUCUCUAUUGUGGCUUUGUAGUCUCAGAACUUUGAACACAUGAUCAUCAAUCAUGUUGACUUAUCCAAUCAUGUUGACACAUCCAAGUUCUGAAAUAAUUCUCCUACUGAUGUUCAGCUCAUACUAUCUGGACCUUUUUAGAAAAGAAUCUUGAAUUGUAUAUAUUUAUUUUGCUUUACAGAAAAAAAAAAGUUUUUCAUAAAUAAUUUGCUUAUUUUGGUUGACAUAGCACACCAGGUUAAUCAUAUGAGAGUCAUCGGGCUCGUGCCCUAUGCUGAAUCUGAGCAUGCCCAUUUUAUAAGGCAGCUCAGAUCAGGGUUGUCCAGUUGCCUAGCAGGUACAACAUACUGCUCCCAUGAAAAAUAUUCCCUUGUGAGUGUCCUCAGUUAGGAAGGGGUAGGUACAAUACCUUGGUAAAUGAUUUAAACUUCACAUUUAGGUAAUCUCAUAAAUGAAGUUUUGUUUUUGUUUUAGGAUCUUGUGUCAUAGUUCCUCUAAGCUGAGUGAGCUUCUACUCGGGGAGACCCCUGGCACCUACUGUAAAAAGAUUGUCCAAGAUGCCUAAGAAAAUACUCCUCUGAUGUAGAUAACCUUUAACUCUAUACCUGUAUUGUUGAAGUGGGGGAAAUGUUUUACUGAAUUACAAGCCCAACAGCAUUUAGUCAUGUCCACCAGCUUUUUGCCACAGAGAAUAGCGUGUCCCUAAGUAAGGACGAUCUAGGGUAAGAAAUUCCUGUUUUAUAUUGGGUACUUUAGGAGAGUCUUUAAUAGACUUGUUUUAUAUAUAUAAAUCUAGGUUAUUACAAAUACAAGAUUUUUGUACCUCAAAUAAGCCUCAUUUCUUUUUUCUCCAUUAACUCUCCAUCCAGUCUUGAAAAUAAACUUUCAGAAAGUCUUUGUGAAGAAGCUCUGGUGAAAUCACUGUGUACUUUCCUUCUCCCCACAGGAAAGAUGAGGGCCUCAGUGUCUACACUGUCACUCUUCUUCCAAAUCCUGGCAUGGUUUGUGCAGGAUAGAGUUGCCCCAAACUCUUACUCAGUCCCUCUCCUAAAGGGAGCAGAAGUAAACUAUGAAGAGAUGAAAAUAAAGAGCUUGUGACAAGGUAGUGGAACAGGAAUGGGGGACACUAAGGACAUCCAGAAUAGCAUCCCCCGAAAGCUGGGCCAUUUCAUCACUUGUGAUUGGCAUGUCCCUAUCUUAGGUAUGGUAAGAAAUGUGCAUGCUCUGUGAGCUGGUCUCUUGAAACAGGGCUUAUGCUUUACCUAUAUGUAUUCUGGCUGCAUUUUCUGAACACAUAAGUUCACUGAGCACAGAUUUCUUAUCUGAAGAUAAGUAGAAUCUAACCACAGAUGGUUGGCAGAGUUUCCAGGCACUUAGCUCUGGGUGUUCCUUCCCACCCUGAAUCCCCAAAGGCCUUCACUUUUACUGGGAGUCAGUCACAGGGAAUUGUUCCCUUCCUUUAGAGACUAAUGUCUGUAGAUAAGGCAGGCAUCAAAGCCUGUCAUGUUCCUCUUGGGGGAGAAUGGAAGGUUAUUUCCUGCUUUGCACUGUCAUAGCUUUUGAUAUAAUGCUGCAGAAUUACAUCCAUGUUGAGUCGGAGUUCAGGCAACUAGAUUUGAUCACCUGACCUAGAUCCCAGGCCCUUAACCUACUAAGCCCACAGCCAUCUUGUCCCUUUCAGCAGUAGUUUCCAUGUUACAUGGGCAAUGUUAGAAACUGAGCAAAGCCAGAUUUAGUUGGCUUUUGGGAGUGGUCUGGAACACCAAGUAAUGAAAUAGUCAGGGAAUGGGAUGACCCUAUAUUAAAAAAUACAUAAUUUAGUUUGUAAGCACCCGUUUAGUUUGCGCCCGUUUUCUUCAUUACUCCAUUCAUUUUACAUUCACAAAGUGAAUUCAUAAAAUUGUUCAUUCUAGGAUGUGUAAUAAUUUUUUUGGAUCUCUGGAUUUGUGUGUCAACAAGAAAUUUAUUAUUUAAAAUAUAUUUAUUUAGAGGAAGCACAUGGCUGUUGAUGUCUGUUACCACCUUUUUCAACCCUUCUUUGUAAGUUUAGUUUGUUGUCAACUGAAUAUAAUAGACCCUACUGUAACUUGUCAAAUAUUACUGAUUAUAUGACCUGUGUGGGAUUCACUAUGAAGUGUACUGCUCUUCUUGUUCAAAAUAGUGCACUGGUAUCCAAAAAUAACAUGUAUUGCAAAUGUUGGGUAGAACUUAAACAGCACAACUCAAGUGCUAUAGAUGUUUUUCUGCUAAAUUAGUAGACUAAAGAUACUGUAUCUUAGAUAGGAUCUCCACACUAGUGAACAGUGCCAGUUUCAUACUGUGGCUUUAGAACUGUUCUCUGGUAAGGGUAACAGAAUACUAUAAAUCCCCAAUUUACUAUGUGUCGCUUAUUGGAGGUAGGGGUAGCAAAAUAUGCACAGGGAGAAAAUCUACUCUUUUUAGGCUUAGAUAACCACCAGUUUAUAAGGAAUUUGUAUUGUGAAACUUUGUGGGUUGUUUGCAACCUGGAAUGUAUUUUCCUUUAGAAAUCAGGUUAGGCCCUCAGACCAGCUAGAAAAGAUUAUCAAACCCAUAGUUUAGCUGAAAUAGAAUAAUGUAAUAUGACUGCUAAAGAUCGAAGCCACCAAAUAUGAUAUGGUUCCCAGGGGUGUUUGUUCAGAGUUGUCAAGAAUGUCUCUGCCUCUUGCUGGUAAAAUCUGGACUCUUCAUCCCAGCCACACAUCACCUGCCAGACAGUGAGGUAGGGCUGCCACCAGUGACAGGUGACCAUGGUGGCCUGAAUCAUGGUCUCCAGCAAAGAUGAGGGAGAAAAAGUCUAGAAAGUCUGGUGGUAGGAGAGGAAGCAGGAUGAGGGGCCUCCAGGGGGUUGUAAACGACCAGGGACAUUCCUCAGCUGGCGCCUUUUCUUUCCUCCGAGGUCUCAGGCUGGCCUGCUUUUGUUUGUAUGACUCUUUGUUCCCAUAGUUCACCUCCUUUCCAGCCCACUACAGAAAAAGACAUUGCUGCAUAGCUUUUCCUAUGUGCCAGGGUAUGGUGGAGGCUAGCACACGACACUUGGAAUGGCUUUAGUGUUCUUGACCACAGUUUAACUGUCCGGUAACCAGAGGAAGGGUAGAAAGGCUCCACUUUCCUUUUGACGUGCACCCUGUUGAAAAAAAGAAAGGCACGUGAGUUGGGGGUGGGGGGAUGGUAUAGACGAAGGACUGUGGUAGAAUUCCUCAGCAUUUCAGAAGACACCUCAGUUACUGCCAAGGGUGACUUCUUCCUGGAGCUGGACUCAAGCCUCCAAGCCAGUGGUUCUCAAAGCACAUCCCCCAGACCAGCAGCAUCAGCAUCAGGCACGAACCUGUUAGAAUGCACAUUCCCAGGCCCGGCCUCAGACAGCAAAAUUGGCCGCUCUCAGAAAGGGGCCGCAAUCUGAACAAGGCCUCCAGGUGAUUCUAAUGCACAUCAAGUUUGAGAACCACUCUGAGUUAAUUAGUUCUCUCCAUGAGUCCUGCUUCAGAAGAUAGUUUCUAGGCAAAAAAAUUGGAGCGCAGACUUAGGGAUGGGAGGAAAGCACCUCCGUAACAAGGUCUCUGCAAUGGCAGGAAAGCAAAGGAAUCUCAUGCUGCCACCCGCUGCGCUCCCUCCCUCUGGAAAUACCAGUGCAGGUGCAACACUCAAAAACUGCACUUGGGGUCACUUUGGGUAAGGCACAAUGAUAACUACAUUUUUAUAGCUGUGAAGAAAUCAAAGUACGGCUUUAUUCCCCCCUUUUUCUUUCUUUUUUCUUCUUUUUUGAGGAAAAUUAAAAGAAAAUCCCUUUUGUAAAUGCAACCUUAGAGGAAAUACUGAAUUCCUGUCAGAAGUCAGUUCUCCAUAGAGUGUGUUCCUGGGGUGAUCAAUCCUGUCCUCCUUCUAAAGUGAAUUCUCAGUCAGUGGUAGAGCACUGGCCUAGUGUGCACAGGCCCUGAGUUCUAUCUGCAGUGUGGCAAAAAUAAAUAAGAAAGUGAAUUCUCUACUGAAAGGUCUGCACUGCUGAAGGAACUACAAACUGCUCUGAAAAGUAGCAAUUCGGCUCCAUUGCAAUGUAGUCCGCUAGUGGAAGGCGCUUGUAGUUGGGGUGGGUAGAAGGUGGUUAUAAUACUGGCUGUUUGAUUUUGUGCCUUGGAGCAAAACCAUCCCUCAGUUUUUCAGUUUAAAUGACUUGAGACUUAGAAAGGGCAUAGACUUUAAGAAUAUAAUUCCCUCAUUCAAGCAAAUGUCCAGCAACUUUCAAAACAACAAUACAAACAAUAUCAUUUAGCAGUACUCAAGAUCCUUUAGCAACAGAACAUACUCCCUCUAAAAUACAGUGAAUUGUUUAUAAUGAUAUAAGGUUUUCAGGUACAAAUUGGGGGUGGGGUGGCUAACAACUGAAAAAUAUCACUGAAACUAAAAGGGAGAGUUCUUGGAAAACAGUGUAAAAUUUGCAAGGAUGCAGACAUCCUCCUUUGGGGUUUUCUCUGAGGAAGGCUCUGUAACUGGGCCUAUCUAUACACAGGCUCAAAUUUGUGUUUUUAAGAAAGAAUCUAUGCAGCUGAGGCUUAUUGUAGGAAUGCUUCACUUGUAUAUAAAUAUAUUGUAAAUAAAUAGGAGGCUGUAUAUUUUUGCAGUUGUUGAUCCACACUGAAAUAGAAGUCACUAGUAUCUGCAUAUAAAGAUUAAAUGUUUUCAUAGAUAUUAGUGGUUUUGUUUGAGAAUUAGAACAAUUUUACAUUCUAUCCCAGGUAACAUAAUUCUCUCAGUGUAAACUUGGAACUUAAAACCUUACUUAAUUGUUUAGAAAAAGAAGUGUCUGAGAAGUAGCUGUGUUGAUUCUUAUUCUGGUAUUAAAAUCACUUGUUUAAAUGAUAGUUCUCUGAGCUACAAGUAAGGAAUAUUUAAACCUAAAUCAUUGUCAUAUAGAAAUAGAUACACCCAAAAUGACAGAUUGUUUCUUGAUAAAAUUCUUUCAUGGUUAAAGAUGCCACUAUGCAGUAUUUAUAAAAACAGAAGUUAGGAGAAUAUUUUUAGUUUUUAUUUUCCCAAAAUUGAAUUGCUACAUUUCCUAAACUUUGGGAUAUUUCAGGGGGCUGGGGGACUGAAUAUUAACUAUGAGCACAAAUUUGAAGGGGAAAAAAGUUAUUUUACCAAGUAUUGAAAGUUGCAUGUUUGUCUUUUAUUUUAGUGUUGAGGCCAACAUAAUCUCUUAUGUAAGGGUUUUUCCCCCAAACACUUGAAUCCUAAUUGUUGGUACAUAAUCCAUUCUCUAGAGUCCAGUGUAUCUUAGAUUCCAUCUGAGUCCCGUAUAUGUAGCACACCACUGUUCUAUUAAUGUAAAAACCCUGUAAAUGAGUUUCAGAUGGGCAAUUUGAGUUGCAAGUCACAAAAAUUUGCUAUUCAUAGUUAAUCAAAUAAGAGUUUUGUUUUCUUUUUCAGGGUGUGGUGUAAAUAAAGAAAUGUAAGAAGAUCUGUUCUAUAACUGCUCUGUUAACAUAGUUUUUAAACAGUAAAAAUGUGAACUAAAAGUA